AUGGUGCAGGCCGAGCCCAUCCUGGGGCUCACGCUCAGCGCGCUGGGGGGCUCAGGAUGCGUACUGUCGGCGGAGACGCGGAACGCGAUAGAGGUGUCGCUUGACAUCAAGAAGUCGGAAACGGGGCUGGACUUCCUCUACCUCUGGGGGCGCAUCACCACCCGCAACGGGAAGGACUACCUGGUCGCGGAGGGGCACAGCGGCGGCAAAGUGUUCAAGGGCGCGGUGUCGCUCCCGAUCAAGCACUUCUUCUCCCAGGACGGCACGACCUGGGCCGACCUGCCGGAGACGCUCUCGCCCGAGGAGCUCGAAACGUGCUCGAAGAUCGCUCUGAAGAAGACCAUCUUCACGGGCGACCCCGCGACGAUUCUGACGCCGGACGGCACCGCGGUGGGCGGCGAGGAGGGCGACGCGGCCCCCGCGGAGGGCGACGAGGCGCAGAAGGGCGUGCAGGUCACGGAGCUGCAGCGGCUCAAGCACGUCGUGGAGGCCAUCACGAACGACUGCUUGGUGGUUCCGCGCGGCGCGUUCGUGGAGAACGCGUCGAACAAGAUCAUUCCGAACGGCAACUUCAACGGCGUGCACCACCCGGAGAAGCUGGAGAGCUACCAGCACUUUACGCGCGGGCCCGACACGCCCAAGUCGGACCUGGGGGAGAACCCGCGCGGGUCGUGGAGCAUCACGUACGACGGGUUCCGCGGCGUCGCGGUGGGGCGCUCGAACGUGUGGCUCGGGUAUUCGUUCUACUUCAACACCAAGAACAAGACCUUCGGGGGACUCUACUUCGGCGACGGAAACAAGAACACCGACCUCAUCUUCAUGUUGUAG